GUAGCUGCGACACGAACAGCUACCCGCAGAAAUGCCUCCUGGAGACCCCGACCCACCCCUCAAUACUCGUCUGUGGGAGCACAUUUUUUCACUUCCCUGGUAGGACGCGGGGAGACGGAAUGAGUGCGGUAAAAUGCCGACUCUUUGAGUUUUAUUCCCCCGUUUCGCUCGGCUCAGCGAGGCAGCGGGUCUUUUUCCAAAGUUGACGGUUAGCAGCAGGGCGCGUGUGAAGGAUCGGGCUUAAAGGGGCAGUACACCCCGCUGCAACCUCCAACAUGGAGAACCAGCAAAGCGACCUGGAAGGUGACCGACAAUACUGUGAACUUUGUGGGAAAAUGGAGAACCUUUUAAAGUGUGGUCGGUGCCGGAGUUCCUUCUACUGCAGCAAAGAGCACCAGAAACAAGACUGGAAGAAACACAAGCUGAUUUGUAAGGAUAUGGAUAAGCUUCUUCUUCCUAAAGAGAAGCCUGGAGAGGGUCCGCCGCCGGGGGACAGCAAGAAACACCGAGAAAAGAGAAACUCGGAGCAGUCGGAUUCUGCAACCUUACCCCAAACUCCAAACACAGAUGCACCUGCUGACAGGGAUGAAGAAGUGGGGUCCCCCACCACGCCUACGGCUAAUGGACAGACCAGCCUCUCCCCUCAGAAACUCGCGACAGAGUGCAUCGUCCCCUGCAUGAACAAGCACGGCAUCUGCGUGGUGGACAACUUCCUGGGAGCAGAUACCGGACUGGGCAUUUUGGAGAACGUCAAGGCUCUGUACAAAACGGGCAGGUUCACAGACGGCCAGCUGGUGAGUCAAAAGAGCGACUCCACGAAAGACAUCCGAGGGGACAAAAUCACCUGGAUAGAGGGAAAAGAGCCUGGCUGCGAGAAGAUCAGCUUCCUAAUGAGUCGGAUGGACGACCUAAUCAGACACUGUAAUGGCAAACUGGGGAACUACACUAUAAAUGGAAGGACGAAAGCAAUGGUGGCCUGUUACCCUGGGAACGGAACAGGUUAUGUGCGCCAUGUGGAUAACCCCAACGGCGAUGGACGUUGUGUCACGUGCAUAUAUUAUCUUAAUAGAGAUUGGAAUGCCAAGGAACACGGUGGCCUGCUUCGAAUCUUCCCCGAAGGAAAGGCCCAGUUUGCUGAUAUAGAGCCAAAAUUUGACCGUCUGCUGCUCUUCUGGUCAGACAGACGGAACCCUCAUGAGGUUCAGCCCGCUUUCUCCACAAGGUAUGCCAUCACAGUGUGGUAUUUUGAUGCAGAUGAGCGAGCCAGAGCUAAAGAAAAGUACUUAACAGGUGCAGGAGAAAAGGGAGUAAAAGUUGAACUCAACAAAUCAUCUGACUCCAGCUAGUAGGAUGACCGCAUCCCAUGCAAACAUCCAUUAAGUGCUCUAUCCUAAGACAGUGGCCUAUAGAGAGCAUGUGUGUGUUUUACAUAGGAACACAGCUGAGCUUUGCUUCAGUGGGUUAAAGAUCUUCAUUUACGAAGUCAAAAUAAGAGAAGAGUAAUAUACACUACUUGCUGUUGAUUUAUGGUUGUUCUGGGCAACCCAGAGGACAAUGAAUGUCAUAACAAUGUACUGUACUAAAAAAAAAAGGGAUUGUAUGCUUUUUUUUCUGCUCUUAUUAAUAGAGAAUGCAUCUGCAGUACGGCUGCGCUGACUAAAGGAAAGAAAAGCUUUAGAUCCUCAUAAUUUGUUUUACAGUUUGAUUCCUUGAAGGUACAGUAUUUUUCAUGUUACUUUUCUCGCAUCCAAGAGGUUCCUAGAAUGAGCCACUUCAUGCAUGCAAGUUUCCAGUAAAUUCAGCAAUGAUGUUAAUUUAAAACAACCGUUCUCUGUCAGAACUGUUUUGGUCUUUAGUCAGAGUUCAUAAUUCUGCAGCUUCUCAGAUUCAUGUUUUAACAGCCUUGUUUUUCAGUCUCUCUCAGUAACAUGAGCUGUUUGAAUCAGCAGAAGGUAACAGAGACUUGGAUGAACAUCAUCUUUGAGUGGGAUGCAGUAAGAUGCCUGGCUUGCUUUGAUCUGCUUAAUACAAAGUACUGUGCGCCCUCUGCAGGACACUUUGUGUGUGCAGCACCUUUAUAUUUGUGCCAAUGUUGUUUUUGUGUCUUUUGGACCUGUGGACAAAUGAAACAAUUUGCUGCUGCUGUGGCCAGAUCUCUUCAGGUCUGAACUAAGCAUGGACCAGCCUCAGAUUCACUCUGUGUGAUAGUCGUGUGAAAAUGGCUCAGUUUCAUGUAUUCAUAACAAAAAUUUAAAACAAGAAUACAAUUGGUUUCAAAAUAAUAGCAGUGAAUGAAGAAAAACAGCAGCGUCUGCAAUUUUCUUUCCAAAACCAAUUUCUCUGAGAACUGAAAAUGCUUGAGGAUUUAGCCUCCCUGUUGCUGAACUAAUAUUUAGUUGUGUGACCCCCACUGGUUCUGAGAACUGCUUCACAUCUGUGUUGCUUGGAGUCGACUAACUUCUGACACCUGUGAACAGGUGUUCCAGCUCAGGAUCACUGGAUCUUGGAUUUGCCUUAGAAUCAACACAUUUAAUGUCACUCUCUAGGUUUUCUUUCUUAUUAAGGUCUGGAGAUUGAGCUGACCCCACGUUAACCUUCUAGGCCGGAACCAAAAUGCUGCUCGUUUUCCGUUUUGUUUGGGUGGUUGCCUUGUUGAAACACCCAUUUCGAAGGUUUGCUCUUAAGUAUAAGGCAACAUGACUUCAGGUGUUUUUAUGUAUUCGGACUGAUUCAUAAUACCUGGUAAGCUAUAAAUACUGUUCUGCAGUGUAUGAGAAACAUCCCCUUAACAUGAUGCCUGAGCCACAAUCUUGCUUUCAUCCAUCCACAAACUGACCUGUUUCUCUUUAGCCAUUGUCAGUUUUUCAACAAUAGGAAUUUAGGGUCUUCUUGUCAACAAGUUUGGCUUCUCAUUCCCCUCUUCUAAUGGUUCCAGUACUCGCAGGCAACUGUAACGUUUGAUCACCCCUGGAGCUCAUCAUUGGAUGUAUUUUUUGAUCCAUACAUAUGGCAGUUCACAGUUUUCUUCCACGUCUUUCUGGUUUUGGCUUUGAAGCAACAACGUUUGCUGCGUUCGUCCUUCAGUAAGGGCCUUCUGUUUGACAUCUGUCCUCAAUGAUGGAACACCACACUGCUCCACAAAGCCCUUUGACUUUUCUGUGGCUGUGCUACACUUACUAGUAAGUUAUUUCCCAUGUAGAAACAUAUGUUUUACCAAAACCAGUGUAUUUUAUGGUAACUAAUGUUGGGCCGCUAUUAUUUUGAACACAGCCGUAUAGUAACAGGAUACAGUCACUUAAAUUUAAAACAGAACAGCAACAAUUGUCCCUGUGGCUGCUUAUUACAAAUGUAAUACUUAUAAUAUUGUAAUUUUGUGACAUAGACCUGCUAGAUUUGGUAAUAUUCUAAUAACAUUUCUAAAGCAUUUUCACAAUGCCUUAGAAGUCAUUACUUUAUGCUCCAGAGAGCUGGGGAAAGCACUGGUAACUCCAACUGUUUCUGAAUACUGCUGAUCAGCAACAGGUGGAGGAGGGGCCAUGAUGCAUUACUCUAAAGGUCCAGUAUCUCUUUACUUUAUCCCUGGCAUCUCAGGAGAAUUUUUACCUUAUAGAUUAGGAUUUUAGCCCCUAGUUAAUAACUAACAGCUUAAUUUGCUUCAUGUUUAAUGUGCCUGCCUACCCCCCCCCCCCCCCCCCCCCACCCCACCCCACCCCACACGCACACUCACACACUGUAUGCUGCACUGUACAAUAAAUGCUGGUUUUAGGGUUUAGCAGGAAUGCUGUGGUUGCAGCUGCAUUUCCUCUGCUCUGUGCUGAUUUCCGUAGCAUCUUGCUACAGUCUGCACAAUUUAUGUGUUGACAUUCGGCAGAAAAGGCAGUGGAAAGUUAAACUGUAGCUGACCCACAUGUAGUCUUGAGAUUGGUUUUUCCUGCUUAUUUCUUUUCCAAAGAAAAAGUCCUUCCUGCAGUAUUACAUGUUACAUGUUUGGAAUCUGUCAAAAUGUGGAAAAUCGCCUCCAGUAAUGAAUCAAAAUGCAAGGAUUGCACAAAGAGGGUCACCUUUCUUGCUUCACAUCUCUUGAAAAGGUUUUACUGUGAAUCCAUUUAUGGGUUUGUAAUUACGCUUUCAGUAAUCAUUAAAAUAUCUCAGUUUACCAAUAUUGCAGUCAGCACUUUGCUUCAUGAAAUGCUUUCCAGGCGUUUUUUCAAAUCAACUUCUGCAUUUUGUACUUGUUUAGUCAUCUGUUCCCAGUUUGUUGAAUCAAUGGCUCUUUGAUUAUUUCCAGAUCAUUUCAAGGCGAUCUUUAAACGUCAACCUCACAAUUACAUUUUGUGUUAAUAUCUCAUAGAUGAGCUGUCACUAGCUAAAGUCUUAACGAUCAGGGUACAUUAUGUAUGUAGUGCUUGUAGAGUGCAGUCAACUUUGAAAAGAGCUCCUCAAUAAAAUUGAGAUAAGUGCGAAACAUA